CAAAAACCCUCGGUUUCGCUAUGGCAGGGUGAGAGAGUGCAUAAGUGAAUGCCAUUUACAGAGACUGAGAAGGAAAACCAGCAAAGUAUGGUUUUGUCAAACAAGAAGCUGAAACAAAAGCUUAGAGCAGAAUUAGCCCACUCUUUAGCAGCUUCAGAAGCUAAAACCGACCUCAACAAUGAAGCUACAGAGAAUCGAGACAAGCAAAACCCAAAACCCCAGUCUUUGAAAAAGCUUCUAGACUUGGCAACCCAGAGACCCAGACUGUCGAAACGAGACAAACAUAGACAAAACAGAGAUGGGGAGGACAAUAAGGAAAUUGAGCCAGUGGGUUCGGAGGAUAAGAAGAAGAAAAAGAAGAGGAAGCGAGAUGGGAAGGAAAAGAAUGGGAAUUUGGAUACAGAGGAACAUGAAGUUUUGAAGGAGGUUGGGAAUUUGGAUACAGAGGAACAUGAAGUUUUGAAGGAGGUUAAGAACUCUGAGACGAAGAAGAAGAAUAAGAAGAAUAAGAAAAAGAAGCAGAAGAAGGCGGCCAAGAAUGAGGAAGAGAAAGGGGCUGCUGAACUUGGAAGUGAGGAGCAAAGGGUCGCUGAGACAAAUAAGAAUAGUGAUAGCCAAGCAAAUGGAGAUGUUACUACAAAAGUUUAUGUAGGAGGCAUUCCUUAUUACUCGACUGAGGAUGACAUCCGAAGUUAUUUUGAAGGUUGCGGAACAAUAACAGAAGUUGAUUGUAUGAAGUUUCCAGAGAGUGGUAAAUUCAGAGGAAUUGCAAUUAUUAGCUUUAAGACCGAAGCUGCAGCUAAACGAGCCUUGGCUCUUGACGGAGCAGAUAUGGGUGGGCUGUUUCUGAAAAUCCAACCUUACAAGACAACAAGAACCACUAAAGGAUCUGAUUUUGCCCCAAAACAUAUAGAUGGCUACAACAGAGUCUAUCUUGGAAAUUUAUCAUGGGAUAUCACUGACAACGACCUUAGAAAGCUUUUCUCAGAUUGCAAUAUAUCAUCUAUUCGAUUUGGUAUGAACAAGGAAACAGGUCAAUUCCGAGGUUAUGCCCAUGUGGAUUUCUCAGAUAGCCUCUCACUGACAAUGGCAUUAAAGUUGGACCAGAAAGUUGUGUGUGGAAGACCUGUGAGGAUAACAUGUGCGGUCCCUAAGAAAGGAGCAAAGACCCAUCCAAUGCCUUUGCCUACAACUACAGAAGCUGCUAAGAGUGAAGUUACUAAUAGUGAAGUGAGCUCCAUUAGCGGUAAGAUGAGGAGAAGAACAUGUUAUGAGUGUGGCGAGAAGGGUCAUAUUUCUUCUGAUUGUCCAAAGAAGCAAACAGAUGCUCCAACAUAUCCUAAUCCAAGUUAAGCAUGUUCAUGGUUCUUACAAGGUCAUCAUUCUUGGCAAAAGUAUCUGCAUCUUAACGUGGUCUUGCAAACCACUAUUGCAGAACUCAGGUUGUUUGAAGUUUGAACAAUCUAGAGUCCACAGGUGGUGCUGGUAUGGUCCAUUAUUCCAAACUUUUGUUUCAGGAAACUGGUUUGGAGGAUUAUCUUCAAAGAAGCUCUGGGAUAUCUCUUGGAACUUUACCUUUCUAAGGAAUCAGUUUCUUAUACAAAAAAAUUAUUACCGCAGAAAUAUGUACUUAUAAAAAAUUGAGUUUGAAUUUGAAGUAGGUUUUCUUUUUUCUUUU